AUGACCACUUCCAAAGGAGUCUAUGACGUCAUCGUUAUUGGUGCAGGCAUCGAGGGAUCGUCGAGUGCCUACAACUUGGUCAAACAAGGGCUGAGGGUUCUGCUACUUGAUCAGUUUCCGCUGCCCCAUUCUCGCGGAAGCUCACAUGGCCAGAGCCGCAUCACCCGAUAUGUCUACGAGGAUGAAUUCUACGUCAGGAUGAUGGUGGACGCCUUUCCCCUGUGGAGCAGGCUGGAGCAGGAGUCGGGGGUGGAGUUGUUCACUAAUUGUGGGGUUUUAGACAUCCGAAGAGGAGGCUGCCCUGGGAUGAGACGGGCACUUGACGCCCUGAGAGCUCACAACAUUCCCCACGAGAGCCUGUCAUCCCCGGAGCUACAGCGACGGUUCCCCGUGCUGACCACAGGCCAGGGCGAUGUUGCAAUCUGGGACCCUAACGGGGGUCUGCUGAGAGCAGACCAGGCAUUGAGGGCUUUUCAGACAGUGUUCAAACAACUGGGUGGUGUCAUUCACGACAACGAACCGGUGACCUCCGUCACCCCAGGCAGUCAGGUUGUGAUAGCGACCACCAAGUCUGUGUACACGUCAGCGAAUGUUGUGUUUGCCGCCGGGCCAUGGUCGGGACCACUCUGCGCAUCUGUUGGCUUACAUCUACCCCUGAAACCAAUCCGAAUCUCCGUGUUCUACUGGCGAGCCUCUGACGACUACCGGGAGAUGUACGGAUCCAGCCAGUUCCCCUGUUUCAUCGACUCCCGUGGAGGCGGCAGCCACUUCCACACCUACGGCCUGCCCAUCUCCGAGUAUCCGGGGCUUGUCAAGGUCUGUCCUCACGAAGGUCCUAGUAUCGACCCAGACGACAGAGAUAAAGGUACAGAUGACUCCUGGACGGAAGAGGGUACCCUGGCUACUGUGAAGUCCACAUUCAAAGGCCUGGCCACAACACCUUCUAUCAGAGAGUAUUGUAUUUACACGGAGACACCGGACAAACACCCGUUCUUGGACCAACAUCCCAGGUUCCCCAACAUCAUUGUGGCUGCUGGUUUUUCAGGUCACGGUUUCAAACUGGCACCUGUGAUAGGUAAGGCAGUAACUGAACUUGUCCUGAAGAAAGUCCCGACCUACAACAUGAAACCAUUCAAGAUUGACAGAUUCGAACCCAGAUCUCACCUGUGA